CCCUCGCGUUCACAUAAGGCCUGAGAGGAGAGCGCUCCCUCUGUAGAGUUCAGGUGUGGAGGCGGGAUUUUUGAAACGGUUCUGUCCCAAAGAGGCCUCGGUCGGGGAACGGGAAUGGCUGGCGCCUCCGAAGAAGGAGAAGUCUCCAAUAUGGGCGAAGGGGCCCUCAGGCUGCUCGGCGAGGAAGGCGAGAGGACGCCGGACCUGCUCACUCUGCUUCGCAUAAAGGAACAAAUAAAUCAACAGCUUAUGGAAUAUAAUACGACAGUUAAUGCAAAUGAAGACAGAAUUGCAGAUCAAGCUAUAGAUGAAAAGAGAGUGGAGAGUUCCAUAGAAGUCUUGGAAAGAGAAAUGGAGGAGAUGAAGAUAUCUUACCAAAACAAAACUUUAGCAUUACAAAGGAUCCAAGUAGCUGAUGCCCUCAGGAACAAACUGAAAGAUGAGGAUGAAGAUUCUAAGUUUAUCUGGGAUACUACAAAACACAUCAUUAUGCUUAGUACUGCAAUACUUAAAUCACAGCAGGAAUCGCGUGAAUUGGAAGAAAAACUGAACGAGGUGAAGCAGAGCAGAUUAGCACUAAAACGAGCUGGAGAAUGCAAAUUGGCACAAAUAUGUGAUAUAAAGAAGAAGAGAAAGGCAGAAUUGGAAAAUAUGAAAGUAGGUGAAAUGUUGGAGAAAAUGCGUGGAAAACUGCAAAAGGAAAUUCAAAUGACCACAAUAGUUCAAAACGUCUUUCAGAGUAUCAUUAUUGCAAGUAACGUCAAUUGGGCAGAAGAUCCAGAUUUGAAAGCGAUUGUUCUGCAACUUGAGAAAAAUGUGGCUGGGACCCGAAGAAGCAGCAGCAGCAGUACUUUAAUGAAUUUUCCAUUGUUUUCUGAUCUAAAGGACAAGCAGCAGCUUCAGAUGGCGUUUCAAUAAAUGGGGAAUUCUGUCACAGUAGGACCUUUAUAAAGAUGCAUGAAAUGGAUGUAAAUAUGGACCUGGAAAGGAAUUUCCUGCCAAAAAAUGUCUUUGAUAAUUCAAUAUACAAUUCCUAAUUCCCUAUAGCCUAGAAAUAAAAAAUAUGCAAUUUA